CUUCCCCAACGAAUGCCAACUCGCAGUCUCUCACAAAACUCAUGUACCCCUCAUCUCGAAAUUCUUGUGUCUGCAUCACCAUCUGAGCGAAAGUACGGAGUACUUGCCUUGAGAGCGAUUGACUGCAUUGCCACCUGUCUGUGCCACGCCGAGAGAGGAGCAGCAGAUCGGACGGUCCAGGUCGUCGCGUUGUGUCUGGCAUACCCUUCCUACCUACCCUUCCCUUCCCCAUAGCAUACGAGUACCAAGCCUCGAAGUACCCGCGUCACCACUCCCAGGGAGUGCAGAGCACAGCUCCUACCCCACCAACCACGAACGAGACACCCGGACUUACACCUAAAGCUUCCUACGACUACGAGCUAGUCCAACGUCAAUGCCGCCCCAACUCGGCUCUUCCUACAAAUACAACCCCUUCCGACCCAAACGCAAGCUACUCCCCGGCGAAGAAGGAGGGAGUUCCUCAUCAUCACGAAACUCUUCCUCCUCUCCGCCCCUCGAAGGACAACUCUAUCCCCAAUCCGUCGCCGCGAAACGUCAGAAGAUCUCGCACACCUUGGACAACCUUCAUAGCUCGCAAGCGCUUCAAGAAAAGGUCGAUAUGUCGAAGAUUAUGGGCCGGAUGUUGCAACCCAAGGUCAUUGAUCUGACCAGUGAACGGGUGUCCGAUUUCCAGCCGCAUUCGGGCGCGAAGAGGUUGGUGAUCAAGAAUCUGAGGGAGGGCAAGAGGGAGGACGUGGAAAAGUAUUACAAGAAGACGUGGGAGGAGUUGGAUGCUGCCAUCACGGCGGUUUUUAGUGGGCAGCAGCCGAAGAGUCCGUUGGAGGUCCUGUGCAGAGGCGUGGAAGCUACCUGUCGACACGGGUUGGCUGAAAAUCUGGCGCGGCAUUUGAAGGAACGAUGCAAGAAUUAUUUGGAGAAGACCUUGCUGCCAAUCAUUGAGACCGAGGCGGGUACUACGAGGGUGGGUGCACUUAGAACUGUUUAUAGACAUUGGGUUGUUUGGAACAAUCAGGCUGUGAGUUACCAAUUUCCGUUUGCCUGUAGAUUAGCUUGGGUUGCUAAUGGUUGGUGACAGACGCUACUACGAUCCAUUUUCAGUUACUUAAAUCAAUCCUACCUUUUGAAUUCGAAGGAACUUUCCCAGUUGGAGGAACAAGGCAUAAAUCAAUACAAAAAGACGAUAUGGCAAAAAAGUCUGGGGAUCACCGAGGGACAGUUCCUAGGAGGAAGAGUUGUAUCGGGAGUCUGUGAGCUUGUAGAUUACGACCGGGACGGAAAAUCGGACCUGUUUGAUUCAACCCUCUUGAAGGAAACAAUCCUGAUGCUUCGCGUGUUUGGCAUUUUCGGAGAGGCCUUCCAUCGAAAUUUCGUUGUUGCCGGACAUAAUUAUUGUCUAGACUUCGCGGAAAGUAAGAGCCAUCAGGGUGUGAAAAGUUACGUGGCUGCUGUUGAUCAGUUUCUGGAGAAAGAGGCGAUACGCUGCGACACAUAUAAUUUUGAUAGUACGACAAAGCGGGAACUCCUGGAUACAUGCCACAACCUUCUUAUCAAGAAGCGUUCGGAAGUACUCCUCGACCAGACAAGUCUCUCAAAUCUCAUCGAAGAAAACGACACUAGUACAUUAAAGACUUUAUAUGAUUUGCUGAAGCUUUCGGGUAUACAGCAAGAGCUGAAAAAGCCAUUUGAAGCACAUAUCAAAAAGGCCGGUUCCUCGAUUGUUCGUGAAAAGGAAAAGGUGGAUGAUAUGGUAGUCCGACUUCUUGAGUUGAAGAGAUCUCUCGGCCUCAUCAUACGUGAUGCAUUUUCAGAAGAUGCAGCAUUCACCUAUAGCCUUCGAGAAGCUUUUGGCAACUUUAUCAACGAUUCAAAGAAUACCACUGCUUGGGGAACGAAUAAUUCCAAGGUGGGUGAGAUGAUUGCUAAAUAUAUCGACAUGCUACUUCGUGGGGGUGAAAAGGCAAUUCCUCGCUCUCUCCAAUCGGAUGCGAAAGAUCGAGAUGCUGCAGAGAAACAGGGCACUGCAAGUUCUGGUGACCAAGAUGCUGAACUUGACCGUGCAUUAGAACAGGGUCUGGAGUUGUUCAGAUUUAUCCAAGGCAAGGAUGUUUUCGAAGCUUUCUAUAAAAAGGAUCUUGCUCGACGACUACUGAUGGCCCGAAGUGCAAGUCAGGAUGCAGAACGAAAUAUGCUUGCCAAGCUAAAGGGAGAAUGUGGAUAUCAAUUUACCCACAAUCUUGAACAGAUGUUCAAAGACCAAGAAAUUGCGAAGGACGAAAUGGUCGCCUACAAACAAUCACUGUCCAAUACCAGCAAAACUACACUGGAUCUCCAAGUCAAUGUUCUCUCCGCCGCAGCGUGGCCAUCGUAUCCAGAUGUUAAAAUCAACCUCCCCGCCGAAGUGGCAAAACAUAUCGAAAAAUACGAUAUGUAUUACCAAAAGAAACAUACAGGUCGCCGACUUACCUGGAAGCAUUCAUUAGCUCACAGCGUAGUACGUGCACAAUUCGAUAAAGGCGCCCCCAAAGAACUUCUUGUUUCAGCCUUCCAAGCCAUCGUCCUCGUUCUCUUCAAUGACCUUCGCGAAGGCGAGAACCUCUCCUACAAUAACAUACAAACCUAUACCGGGCUCAUUGACGCCGAGCUCGAGCGAACCUUGCAGUCCCUCGCCUGCGGCAAAUUUCGUGUUCUCACCAAACACCCCAAGGGUCGAGAUGUCCUGCAUACGGAUACCUUUACAGUCAAUACGCGCUUCACAGACCCCAAGAUUCGCAUCAAGAUCAAUCAGAUUCAGUUGAAGGAGACGAAGGAGGAGAAUAAGGAGACGCAUGAGAGGGUUCAUCAGGACCGACAGUAUGAGACUCAAGCGGCUAUUGUGCGAAUUAUGAAGACGAAGAAGAGGAUUACGCAUGCGAGAUUGACGGUUGAGGUUGUGGAGCAGACGAAGAUGAGGGGGGCGGUGGAGAUGAGUGAGAUUAAGAAGAAUAUCGAGAGUGAGUUUUCCCGUCUAUUUUCUUUUCUUUUCCCUUUUUGAUUAUCUGGUGUGGUUUGUGGGGUUGGAUUGGUGGUGAAAACUUAGAGGGGAGAUGGAGCUUUUGUGUAUUGGAAAGCGUACUAACUCGUGAGCAACAGAGUUGAUCGAGAAAGAUUAUAUUGAGCGCGAUGAGGAUACUGGGACUUAUGUUUACUUGGCAUAAGUGAGUGGGUUCAGUCUAUGAGGAGUCUGCAGGUUGGGUUGGAUUGGGCUUCCUGGUUUUCUGUAGCCCAGGGCUUCUUCCUUGGAUUAAUACAGUAUCAUGAUACAGUGGCAUACAUAGGUAGUCGAGCGAGCAAAUUUAGUUGUUUGUUUAAUGUAUAUAGUUCAAGAAAGCGAGCGAUAUUAAG